AUGCCUCAAGUGUCGCGUUCGCCUAAAAGAAAACGCGUCAGGAGAUACUUCUCUGCGUCCGCAGCCACUGGCUUACGUUGGAAUCCUAACCUCUACGCCGCGUCAGCAAGUUCAUCCACCACCAAGAGGCGUAAACGCGGAUUAUCCGUGUCUAGUGACGAGACAUAUGAAUUCUCUCCGAGCCAUACUCGCAACGAUUCCCACUCAGAUGAAGACGCUACCUUCAGGUACUCCGCAGCUUACAGCUCUUCUGCUGCUCACGACCAUGAACCCCAAACUCCUGAGGGCCCACGAGCCCCCCUAGCGUACGCCUCGCUCCCUCCAACGCCCAUUUCUCCAUCUCCUCCCCUUCAGCCAACCUCCCCCUUGUCUGCCCCCUUGCCCUCUUUUCUGAGCAUUGACUCCGUAUAUGAACCUCCAUUCUCACUAUGGGACUAUUUGCGUGAAGAGCUGCUGGCUACGGACUUCGACUCACAUCAGGAGUUGAAGUGGGAACGAGUGAGCAACUUCCUAAGCAUGCCUAUUGCCCUCGAGAAGAUAUUUCUGUUCGGGUUCAUCGUUUGCCUCGACUCGUUCAUAUACACCUUCACCAUCCUUCCUAUACGGUUCAUCCUAGCGUUCUGGCGGCUGCUCCUCAACACUUUCUCGCGAAGUGCUCUAUCUCUUCCUCCAUCUCAGAAGGCCGACAUCCUUCGCGCCUUCCUCCUUGUCAUCUCUAUAAUCAUUCUAGCGCCACUAACGGAUGCGAGCAAGCUGUAUCAUUUCAUUCGAGGGCAAGACACGAUCAAACUGUAUGUGAUCUUCAACGCACUCGAAAUCGCUGACCGUUUGUGCGCGUCGAUUGGCCAAGACAUCAUUGAUUGUUUGUUCUCCCGCUCGACUCUGGAAUACAUAUCACAUAGGAAGAGGCCUACGUCGCACACACUACGUCCGUUCUUCUACUUCUUACUUGCUGUCGUCUACACAGUUGCACACGCACUCGUUAUGAUCUAUCAGAUGAUUUCCCUAAACGUUGCAGUGAACUCUUACGACCAUGCACUCUUGACGUUGCUGGUCUCCAAUCAGUUCGUCGAGAUCAAGGGUAGUGUUUUCAAAAAGUUCGAGAAGGACAAUCUCUUCCAGAUAACCUGCGCAGACAUAGUCGAGCGCUUUACCCUUGCCUUGAUGCUACUCGUUGUCGCCUUUCGUAACUUGAUAGAACUCUCGGGCUCUACUUUUAACUUCAACGAAGGCUUCGCGUUACCAAAGAGCUUCGGUUGGUUCCGUGGCAACAACGUCUUGUGGACGAUAUCCUACCCGGUCCUGACCGUGAUGGCAUCCGAAACGCUAGUAGACUGGUUGAAGCAUGCCUUCAUCACGAAGUUCAACCACAUUCGCCCCUCCGUGUACGAACGCUACACGGAUGUUCUAUGUCGUGACCUUGCCAGCGGAAGCGCCGUUGGCCGACGCGGAGCGCAGAAGCAUACGUAUGUCGACCAAUCUCCUCUUGUUGCUCGGCGACUGGGCUUUGCCUCGUUGCCUCUCGCGGUCCUCGCGGUCCUCAUCGGCUCGCAAUCUGUCGGCCUCCUCAUCUCGAUGCACGCGGAGGAGUCUCCUCUUUGGACUCGGUCGUGGCAGGAGUACACGCAGAAUGACUGGACCAACAUAGCAAAGUGGAGCGCGAUCGCAUUCCUGUGUUGGGGCUGCUUGUUGGUUAUCAAGAUCAUCCUAGGGGUGCACCUGCUAACGUACGCCACGCGCCGACGUGCGGGCAUGGAGGCGCGCGAGGAGGCGGAUCGGGUGAACGAUUUCGGGCGCGAUCCCAUCGGCGAGGGCAAGGAGGAGCAGAGGUACAAUAAAGAGCUCAAGACAUUGCUGGACAAUAAGCGCGACGAUGCGAGCCCUGUUGCUGAGAUUGGCGAGCGGAAACCUGGAGAGGGUGACAAGGAUGGGGGGAAGAGGAAGAAGUUACCUUUGGAAGAAAUCACGAGAUUCACGAUGGUUAAACGUAUAUGGUGA